AGUCGCCUACUUGACUUCACGAGGAAAAGACAGGAAGCGCUGGCGCGCGCCUACCGAUCGCAUGCUUCACUAUAACUCGCGCUUGUUUGGGUUUUUUUUUUGUGGCGGCAGAAUUGUCGUUUCAGCACGUGCUCGUAGUAGUGUGUACCGUGUGUUUAUUACCGUUUUUUUUUCGUAUUGUUGUUCUAUUGAAAAUAAAAGAGCCAGAGUGAUCGUUUUAUUUUUAAAUAACUGUUUUACCAGAUAUGACUGGAAAGUUUGUUGACUGUUUGUGAGUUGAGAUAUCAAGACGGCCUCUUUUUACGAAGAAUUUUCUUCUAGGUUUAAUAAUUCUGACGAAUCAGGAUGCGAGGCUGACAUGGCAGAAGGUAGCGUCGAAGAAGACAACAGCGAUAUGUUAGGACCCACUCUAGCGCCCGUUCUCCAUACUAUGCAGACCUCAACGCCUUCGAAUCUAAGUUGUAAAGAAGAGGAAAGUGACUGUGAAAGUAGUAUUGGAUCACCCGAACCUGCGAUAAGUGCUGAAAACGGUACAGAUCUUACAAUAACAUCGAAACAAACACAUAAUCGUUCAGAAGAAUCUAGUCAAACUGAAUCCAAAACAACCAUCAGUAUGUGCCCCACUUCACACAUAAACGGAGCUAUGGCUGGACUGGUAACUCUUCAAAAUCUCCAAAACUUAGCAUCUCUUCAAAAUCUCCCACAAGUGGCGUCACUAGCAGCAGGACUCACGAAUAUGGCAACUUUGGCCAAUAACCCAGUGAAUGCUCCACUUAAUUUAAGCGUUAGUGCAUCUGUAACUACUCCUAGGAGUACGCAACCAUUGACAAUAGCAGAAACUCCUCCUGGCAUAAUGAGCAAUUCAAUGAAUAAUCAACCACCUCCUCCUCCUCCACCAGCUCCGGCGACGAUGGGCGUCCCUAAUAGUACUUUAAUGGGAUCCCAACAACCUCCAAGUAUGCCGCAGUUCAUUUUAGCAUCGGGACAACUUGUACAGGGUAUACAGGGAGCGCAGCUUCUAAUACCUACGUCACAAGGUUUAGCAACGCAAACCAUUUUAACAAUCCCAGUCAACCAUGUGAAUAGUUCGGACCAGAUGGUGAAUCUAGCGCUAAAUAAUGGUCAAGUGAUACAGACAUCUUUAGCCAAUUUACAAGCUAUGGCUCAAACUAAUUUAAUAUCUAAUGCUACAAAUCCAGCACCUCCAACUUCAAAUGGAACCAUCAACCCGAAUCUACUAAACCCAGCGACAUUGACUCACCUCCUUUCUAACGGAUCAACGCAACAACUACUGCAAUCCAUACCUCAACUUCUUAGUAACAAUCCUCAUGCAACCCACAAUACUUCUCCUUUGAUAAAUCCUCUCGCUCAACCCCACCUCCCCAACCGAUCUCCUCUGAUCAAUACCUCUACUUUACUUAGCAGCUCCCCAACACAAACCAACCAAAAUAGAAGCCAAAUUAAUGUUUCGAAUAUGGGAUCAUCGCCUUUAGGAUCUGUACCCUUGGGGUCCACGUCAAUGGGAACCGUGCCCGGUCAUUUGGGAACGAGUCAGAGCAGCCAUUAUGUAGAUACUAAGAUGCAUGGAAAUAAUUUGGGAAAUAUACCAAGAAAUCCUUCGCCGGGUGAAAAUUGUAGUAGAGUGAAUGGAGAAAUUAGUAUUAAUACGAACCAUGCUGGUAAUUCUAGUCAUAAUAUGAAGAGGUCGCCUAGUUCGCUCUCGCCUAAUUGUACAGAUAAUUCUACUGCUGAUUUGUUAGUGGAUUCACCAAAUCAACCUACAAUAAACCAGACAAAUUCGAAUGUAGUAGACGGUAUAAACUUGGAUGAAAUCAAAGACUUCGCUAAAGCAUUCAAAUUGAGGAGGUUAUCAUUAGGUUUAACUCAAACUCAAGUAGGACAAGCUCUUAGUGUAACUGAAGGACCAGCCUACAGCCAGAGCGCGAUAUGCAGUGCCCUGGCUUCUCAGAUGUUUGCCGCCGCGCAACUUUCAUCGCAACAGCAAGCAAUGUUUGAAAAGUUAGAUAUUACCCCCAAGAGUGCUCAAAAAAUAAAACCUGUUCUGGAGAGGUGGAUGAAAGAAGCUGAAGAUAGGUACAAAAGUGGUCAAAACCAUUUGACAGAUUUCAUUGGUAUAGAACCAUCGAAAAAACGGAAAAGAAGAACUUCCUUCACCCCUCAAGCCUUAGAAUUACUUAACGCCCAUUUCGAAAGAAACACACACCCUUCAGGUACUGAGAUAACAGGGCUGGCACAUCAAUUGGGGUACGAAAGGGAAGUUAUACGAAUAUGGUUUUGUAACAAACGACAAGCCCUGAAAAACACCGUUAGAAUGAUGUCGAAAGGCAUGGUUUGAAUCUGUGAUUAUUUUCACCAUUAAAAAAAUCGUGUAAAUAGACUUUUCCAACAAAUUAUGUACAAAUGUAAAUAUGUUGAAAAUUAUUUAAAAACAGGGAUCGUAAAUAAGAUGUAAAUUUUGGUAUUUAAUUAUAAUUUAUUUAAUAUCAAAUUGAAUAUAUAUAUAUA